CAAUAAGCAAAAGCGAACAGAACAACUUAAAUAAAAAGAGAGAAAUAUAAAGAAAGAAGACGACCUGAGAACUUUCUUUUCUUCGUCUCUCUGCAAUCUCUCCCACUUUCCCUUUUCUUUCUUUCGAAUUGCACACACCAAAUCUCAGGGGAUUUUGUGUAUUGGGUUGGUUAAUUCAAUGGAAGCUUCUUCAAGUCAGCCUGAAUUUGACUACCUCUUCAAAUUGCUGCUUAUUGGGGAUUCUGGUGUUGGUAAAAGUAGUCUUCUUCUCAGCUUCACUUCCAAUACUUUCGAUGAUCUCUCCCCUACAAUUGGUGUGGAUUUUAAGGUAAAGCAUGUUACUAUAGGUGGGAAAAAGUUGAAACUUGCCAUCUGGGAUACGGCUGGGCAGGAGAGAUUUAGAACGCUGACCAGUUCUUAUUACAGAGGAGCUCAAGGGAUAAUAAUGGUGUAUGAUGUUACAAGACGAGACACAUUUACUAAUCUAUCUGAUAUAUGGGCUAAAGAAAUUGAUCUGUAUUCCACAAACCAGGAUUGCAUCAAGAUGCUUGUGGGCAACAAAGUUGAUAAGGAAAGUGAAAGGGUCGUCACCAAAAAAGAGGGAAUUGACUUUGCGAGGCAGUAUGGAUGUCUUUUUCUUGAAUGUAGUGCAAAAACACGAGUGAAUGUGGAACAAUGCUUUGAGGAGCUCGUUUUAAAGAUUUUAGAAACACCAAGCCUUUUGGCUGAAGGUUCAAGUGGCAUGAAAAAGAACAUCUUCAAACAGAAGCCUCAACAGGAUGUUCAAACUAGUAGUUGUUGCUCAUGUCAUUUAUCCGAUUAAAUCGAAUCAGUCAACCUGACGGAAUCCGCUUCUCUCCCCUCCCUCGCAUCCGUCUCCGCAGCCGCCGGGGAUGCCGAUGCUGAGGACGCUACACCGCCAUCAUCAUCACCGCCGGCGGAGGACUCAUCAUCAUCAUCAUCAUCAUUUCCCCCUCUACCCGAAAUUAUGAUAUCCAAUAAAAAUCCCGAUGUUCUUUUUAGCGGCGGCGGCAUCAGCUUUCUAUCUGGAAGCCGAACUGCAAAAUUGAGCUAUGGAUAUUCAAGUUUUAAGGGGAAAAGGUCAUCUAUGGAAGAUUUCUAUGAGACCACAAUAUCUGAAGUUGAUGGUCAAAUGGUUGCCUUCUUUGCUGUUUUUGAUGGUCAUGGAGGUGCCAGAACUGCUGAAUAUCUAAAAAACAACCUUUUCAGAAAUUUAAGUAGCCAUCCAGAUUUUAUCAAAGACACUAAGACAGCCAUUGUUGAAGCGUUCAGACAGACGGAUGAAGAUUACCUCAAUGAAGAAAAAGCCAAUCAAAAAGAUGCAGGAUCAACUGCGUCUACUGCCGUUCUCCUGGGGGAUCGUCUUCUUGUUGCAAAUGUUGGUGAUUCUAGAGUUGUUGCUAGUAGAGCUGGUUCAGCUAUCCCGUUGUCUAUUGAUCACAAGCCCGAUAGAUCUGAUGAGCGCCAAAGAAUUGAAGAGCUUGGAGGUUUCAUCAUAUGGGCAGGAACGUGGCGGGUUGGCGGUGUUCUUGCUGUCUCUCGUGCAUUUGGAGACAAAAUGCUAAAACCAUAUGUUGUUGCUGAACCGGAAAUCCAGGAAGAAGAAAUUGAAGGUGUGGAUUUUAUGGUCAUUGCAAGCGAUGGGCUUUGGAAUGUCUUUUCGAAUCAGGAGGCCGUUACUCUAGUGCAGGACGUAACAGAUGCUGAAGCAGCAUCAAGAAAACUAAUACAAGAAGCUUAUGCACGUGGAAGCUCGGAUAACAUUACUUGUGUCGUAGUUCGUUUUGACAAUUCAUGAUUGAAAUAUAUCAAGAUUUUAAGAACCAUUAAGUAGCAUCCUAGUCAGAAAUUGAAGAAGUUUUCAUUAGUAUUUUAGCCAGCCUGCCGGAUAGACUGUUAAUGGGGAUCAGUGCUGGAGGCUAACGGCUGAAUUUUCAAGUUGUUGGUCUUGACCAUCUACUGUGUUUCCUUCUUGUUAUCAUCUUUAACACGGAGGUGGAAAAUUGUUGUUGUGUUCUGGUGUUUGCAAUCACCGUCUGGUCCACCAUAUAAAUAGCGUGUUUCUCAAAUUAGUUCGAAAAGAUUACACCUUUGUAGUGGCGCUGAGAGUUCAUGGUUACGUCGAGUAUUUUGACCACCAAAAUAAAGGUAAAUUCAAAGCUGUAAUAGAGUAUACAAAUUGUUUAAUGCAGCAGAUUUUAGCUGAGAAUAUUUACAUGGUUGAGUAGAAUUCACUCUGGAUCAAAUAAAUGUUUAUUUUGAGACUGUAA